AGUGAAGUGCAUAUUGUUGUGUUUUUGAGAUGCUUAUGUGUGUGCUUCAACGGUACGCUGCAAGGUAGAUUUCGACGAUCAAAAGUAUUUGGAAAGUUACUCGAAAUAUUGUUUUGUAGGCCUCAUUCCCGUAUUUUGUUUGAUAUUACUUUCUUUAUAGUGAAAUCACGUGAUCCACCAACCAUCCUCGUGCCAGUGUAGAAUCUACUUCAAAUUUCUCCAAAUUCCAGAAUGAGCAACGAAAACGUCACCUCUACUGAAGUUCUGUUGAACUCAACAAACAUAACAAGCUUGCAGAGCAGUUCCGUGUCUCCUGGAAUAAAUAACACAGACAGUUUUAGUAGUAACUAUUCCAUAGAAACAACAUCAUCUAUAAUUCUGCCAGUAACAAAGCUGAAUGGAUCGAUUGGUGAUGACCUUAGCACAAAUACUUUCGCAUCAACGAUCUCAUUUUCAAACACAACAACAAGCUUGACCGACGUCAAUACUUCCUUGACUUCAGAUGUACUGUUGAAUAACACAACUGAAUCCACAAAGGCAAUAGAUGGAGUUUUUUCCGGAGCUGACACUUUUUUCUUGCUUACCAUGGGGAUCAUAGUAUUUUUUAUGCAAGGUGGCUUCGCCUUAUUGGAAUGUGGGGCUGUCCGGAGUAAGAACACCACUAACAUUCUGAUCAAGAACCUUCUGCAUAUCUUUGUCGCUGGGAUAGCCUACUGGAUUCUUGGUUAUGCCCUUGCCUAUGGAGACGGAAACAGUUUUAUUGGUUUCAGCCUUUUUGCAAGCUACAAAGUUGAAGGAACUAUGCUUGCCAAUUGGUUUUUCCAAUUCGUCUUUGCAGCGACAGCUUCCACCAUUGUGUCAGGUUCUGUAGCAGAGCGGUGCAGUUUUUCUGUUUACAUCGUUUACAGUUUCUUAAUCACUGGGUUCAUUUACCCAGUGGUCUCCCAUUGGGCUUGGUCUGAUAGAGGGUGGCUUGCAGUUGGAGAUGGUACAAACAAAUUUAAGGAUCUUGCAGGAAGUGGAGUCGUACAUUUAGUUGGUGGUACAAGUGCUUUUGUUGGCACUGUUCUAUUAGGUCCUCGAAUUGGGAAGUUUGACCCCAUUACAGGUAUACCGAAUGACAUUCGAGGUCAUUCUGUACCACUUACUGCUGUCGGUGGAUUCAUAUUACUGUUUGGAUUCCUCGCCUUCAAUGGAGGAUCGCUGGGACAUAUUACACAGCCAGGAGAUGGUGCUGCAUUAGCUACAAUUGUAGCUAAUACAAUAAUUGGGGGAAGUUUCGGAGGCAUAAUCAAUCUGAUAAUCCAUCGACUGGUCGCAUUAAGUAAACCUAGACAGUGGAGUCUACUGUUCUUCUUGAAUGGAGUCUUAGCAGGAAUGGUGUCAACGUGUGCAGGAUGUGAAGAGUUCUACCCUUGGGGUGCAGCCGUUGUUGGCACUAUUGGAGGAUUGUUAUUCUUCUUCCUACAUGUUGUUAUAAUUGCUGCCAAAAUUGAUGACCCUCUUGAUGCUGUUGCAGUGCACUUUGGUGGUGGAUUCUGGGGACUGAUUGCAGCUCCCCUUUUCAAACGUCACAGUGGAAUUGUGUUCGACAACAGCAAUGAAUCGUUCAUGGGACUUGCCUGGAACAUUGCAGGAAUGACUGCAAUUAUAGGGUGGAGUGGAAUCCUCUCACUUUUGAUGUUUGGUCUACUAAAGGCCUUUGGACUGUUUCGUGUAGACCCAGAAACUGAAUUGAAAGGCUUGGACAUUACAAACCAUGGAGAUCCUGCUUAUCCAGCUCCGAGCUGGGAAGAGGAACAGUAUUCACAUCGCUAUGCACAAGAUGGCAACCACACAGUGGAUGGCAGAAAAUCCAAAGAUCAAACAGAAGUAGACCUCCUUCCAAAUAUGACUUUCAAUGAAAAUUCAGGAAAGCGGACACGCAAAACUCAACCGGAACCAGGUCGCUUUAGGCUGAUGUCAACAUCAACUAAUCCAGCAUUUAUCCCAGAUACCCAAACAACUACACAUCUGUAGUCAUACUCCAAAUAACUACAGACAUAAUUAUCUAAAUAUAACUCAUGCAUAAUGUCCAAAAUGAACCAUACCUGCAGACAAGAUUUUAAUAGACUUUUGGUCUAUAGCAAAUGCUAGAUCUUACAUCUCAUAGGCAUAAAUCCAUUGGUAUGAUUCUGCACUGAUAAAAGAGUUACCAAUA